AUGGCAAUCUCCAAGCGCGAAUCCCGUCUCCGGCGGUGGACAAAGAAACUCGGCGGCUGCCUUCGACACUGGGAACCUUACCUCAUAUACAAAUCCAACUGCCUAGAGAUCGAGAAGACUAGCCCUCAGCCUUCAUACCGAGCCAAAAGCCAGAAUUCCCCCCGCAGCGUUCUUUUCGGUCGACGAGAACAGCCUCCCAGGAAAUCAAAAAGCGAGGGCUCGACAGUGCAGGACAUAAGUACAAUGCGGGCUUUACCUUCUAUAGGGAGACUCGGAAGGAGCGCACCACCAGAUGUUCCCGGUAAUCGAACUAUUCGGGUUGUCGAUCCGAGUAAGAGCUCAUUGCUGCUAGGACGUGCCUCGUAUAACAAUACUGUCGAAUCAACACAUCAGCAGACAGGAAUACUGCAAAAGCAGCCACACGGCGUACUGCCAUGGAAGGAGUCUUUCCAGAUCCAAAAGGCAAUCAAUCGAACAAUGCCUCAACACCCCACACAUAAGCACGACUCGGCAACUGAUUUAAGCCUCCGACCAUUCCAGACCAGUCCACGCGAGGCACGAAAAUGUCAUGGGCCUCCGAAGCCUCCACCCAAGCCUGCUACUGGCGCCCGAAUCUGCCACCGACGACCGAUCAAACCCCAAACCGCGUUCACUUCAUCCAGUACCAUUACUGGAUGGGACCAAGAUUGGGAAAAACCGCUUCAUCAUCGCAUCGGCGACACCAAAGCGAUAUGGAAGACUGGAUCGCACCGCGUUAUGGUCAGGAAUAAGGACAGUAUACGACGUUUGGAGUCAGACAAGACAACACGAGGAAAGGUGAAGGGGAGAAUGGUAUCGGAUAAGAGGCAAGCGUCACAAGUGAGAAGCAUAGAAAGUAUCGAAGAGAUGGCGGAAGAGGAUAGGCUAGCAUACGAAGAGUGGUCUGGUGAGUAUAUAAGGUUCCUGACUCUCUUAGAGUAG